CGACGCGGUCUUUUCAUUGCUACCACUUCUCCUUGGGUCGGAAUGUUGCAUCUCUGGAAGCCUCCCUCGAAUGCUCUAUAAUAACUCCAAGCUCCGAACGAGUCUAUUCGCAAACUCGUCCCCCGCUUCGCCACUGGAAUGGCUUCGACAACCUCCGCCGCCGCCUCGAUGGCCGCGUUCCUCAAGUCACAGGAUUUGGCUGUCGCAGAGCGAUAUUUCAAAAUGGCGACCACCAUGCUACUCAUGUGGCACUACCUUUUGACUAUCGACAAGGAGGUCGCUUUCUUUUGGCGACGAAGAUUCUCCGGAGUGUGCGCACUCUUCCUCGCAAACCGUUACAUCAUCCUCGUCGUCAUCAUCUAUCAAUCUCCCUGGUGGAAUGUGCACUUCUCGCAGAGAUGGCAGUGCCAGACGGCGAUAUAUCUACAGACCAUCUUCGCCUACAUGCAGUACCUCGUCUGGGCAGUGUUCUCGUUUCUGCGUGUAUAUGCACUGCAGAUGCGAUGGGAAUGUGCGGUCUUCGUUCUCAUCCUUUCACUUGGUCACGUUGCGUACGGUAUAUGGGUCACAGCAACAGAAGCCGUCGUAUUCGAUACGUCGCCAAAUAGUUGCCAUUCACGCCCCCCCUGGUCAGCGGAGUUGAACACCGGGUUGGCAAUUGCCGCUCGCGCCGCCCUCGUUCUUGCAGAGAUGAUCGUCAUGGCUGUCGCCUGGUCGAAAAUGAGUCCCCGCCGUCAUAGAGCGGACAUCGUACGCGUUCCCUAUAGACCGCUGACGCUGUCAUCUGUAUUUUACGAGAACGGCAGAAUCUUUUUCUUGUACAAUCUAGAAGCUAUUCCUCUCCUUAUCGUUACUGACUGUCAUUUCAGACUGAUGUUGGUCGCGCACACAGUCUACCUGGUGAACCGGACGGUUACGGUCUCGGCUACCACGACACCGGCACUGCUGUAUUUCGUGCAGUUCGGACCCCUCUUGAUCGAGCCCACGAUCGGGAUCCUCGUCAACCACUUCCUCAUCUCCCUCCAAGAAGCCGCCAACCGGCGCACGUACCACUUCGGACUCGAUACCCACCCGCACCUCGCGACCUCUGACAUGGCGCAGGACUUGACCAGGUGCCGUCCGAUCAGCCUGGUGCAGUUCGCGCGCGCGGACGUCGACGAAUGGCUGGAGUUCGAGGGUGCCGGCGCGCCUCCCGCGCUCGCUGACGGCGGCGCGUACGCGCAGUGGGAAGAGGAGUGUAUCGAGGCGCUGAAGAAGGUGCAGGCAAGGGUCAGCAGCUCGGAUUGCGACGAGUGGGUGUAG